UGAAUGUAUGUAUAGUGGUGUAGGUGUAACUACAUGAUAACUACUGUGUAUUGUUUUCACAAUAAUUUUCACGGUCAUAUUUUAUAAGAUAAAGAAGAUAAAAAUAAAAAAAUAUAACGAUUAUAUUUUAUUAUUAUUAUAUGUAAGACUGCUAGCAUUGUGGUCGGUGCACCUUGAUUCAAUAGCUUUGCAAAAUGCAAUUGAAACUUUGUUUCUUAACUCUACUGUAUGCUUUACGAGUUAAUAGUGAUCAGUUGCGAAGUGUUAGUGAUGAUGAACUAUUACAACUCAUAAAAGAAAAGGAGAAACUGGUUGUUGUAUUCAACAAACCCAAUUGCAAAGAAUGUGAAAAAUUAGAAAGAGUUGUCGAUGAUUUACAAGCCGAUUUUGAAAAGCAGUUAAAUGCUCUUACGGUUAAGGUGGUAAACAGUCAUUUAGCUCGUCUUUAUAGUCCGACUAAGGAGCCAGCGUUAGUUUUCUUUAGACAUGGUGUACCACUUCUUUAUAAUGGUGAAGCUGAUGAAGGAGAGAUCUAUGGCUACUUAGAAAAAAAUCAAUCACCAUCAGUUAAAGAGUUAACAGAUAAAAUAUUUGAACACUUGACACAAGCAGCAACUGGUGCCACUACUGGAGAUUGGUUUGUUAUGUUCUAUGGUGCAUCCUGUGUAGAAUGCCAAAGACUUCAUGCAGUAUGGGAAGGUGUUGGAGCUACAUUGCGUGGAAGAGUUAAUGUAGCUAGAAUGGAUUCCAAUUUAGCAGGCGCUCUUACUGCUAAGAGAUUUAAAGUAACUAAGCUGCCAACAUUUUUAUUCUUUCGCCUGGGUAAAGUGUAUAGAUAUGAUUUACCAAAAUAUGAUAUCAAAUCAUUUGUGACAUUUGCUCAAGACUGGUAUAAGAAUGUUAAAGGAGAGGCGGUACCACUAUUGUCUUCACCAUUUGAUGAUGUAGUGGACUGGAGUGUUGACAUGAUAAAGUUGUCAAUAAAACUUGGGGUUGAGAUAUUAGCAAAAUAUCCAUGGAUCUGGCAGAUAGGAGUCACUGGGUUUGGUCUGGUUGCACUGACUGCCAUAAUAGCACUUAUGAAAGCUAGAAAGUCAAAACCUACCAAAACUGUCAAGAAAGAUAAGAAAAAAAAAUAACCAAAAAUAUUAGUAAUAUACUUCUAUUUUGAAAUCCGUCCAUUUCUUUCCACAUUGCAUUUUAGUUGACAAAAAUCUUUUAUAUUUUUUCAGAUAAUAUACAGUAUACAAGAAA